UUUGCCACCUUUCGGUUCUGUUUGCGUCAAACAAGUUGCUCUAAAUCUGCAUCAUCCAAUCCAUGGGGGCUCGAAAGGAAGCUACUUGUAUCCCGUCGUUCUCCACCAAACUCCUCCACCUCCUACACUCCGACGCCAUUGUCCCGUCGGAGGAAGAGCUCCGCUGGGUCGGAAGUGACGCCGCCGCCUGCUACGUAACGAGACCCUGGACAUCGUCUUACAAUAUCUCUCUGUGGAACCCUGCGGCCGCCUCCCCGUUAGUCGGGUCCCCAUGGACGAAGCAGCUUCGCGCCGAUCCCCACGUCACUGGUCUUGUGGGCUCCCUCGUCCGCCGGGAGGGCCACGUCUACUCCCUCGCCGCCGCCGGGGGCCUCCUCUAUACCGGAUCGGAGACCCGGAACAUCCGGGUUUGGAAAGGUCGGCAAGAAUUAUCUAGCUUCAGGUCCAGCAGCGGCUUCGUCAAGGCCAUAGUCGUCGCUGGGGACAGAAUCUUCACUAGCCACCAAGACGGCAAGAUCCGGGUCUGGAGGAGCUCCUCGAAGGAUCCCUCGGUCCAUAAGCGAGUCAUGACUCUCCCUACUCUUGGGGACUUUCUUAGGAGCUCCAUGAACCCGUCCAGAUACGUGGAACAGAGGCGGCACCACAGCUCCCUUUGGCUCCGCCAUUUAGACACCAUCUCGUGCCUCAGCCUCGACGAGGACGCCGGGGUGCUCUACUCCGGCUCCUGGGACAAGACCGUCAAGGUGUGGCGGAUAUCGGACUGCAAAUGCCUCGAAUCCUUCAACGCGCACGAUGACGCCGUCAACGCAGUGGCCACCGGGUUCGACGGCUUGGUGUUCACAGGGUCGGCGGAUGGGACGGUGAAGGCAUGGCGGCGGGAGGUAGCCGCGGGGGUAAAAGACGGCAUCGGUGGCGCCACCAGGCACGUCUCUGCUCAGACGCUGCUCCAACAGGAGGGUGCAGUGACCGCCUUGGCGGUGGUGGCAGCGGUGGGGACCGUGUACUGCGGGUCGUCGGACGGGGUGGUGCUCUACUGGCAGCGGGAGGGGGGCGGAGGGCCACUCGCGCGAGGCGGGGCGCUGCGCGGCCACGGGAUGGCGGUGUUGUGUCUCGCCGCCGCUGGGACCAUUCUGGCUAGCGGAUCGGCGGACAGGACCAUCCGAGUGUGGCGGAGGGAGGAGGGAGGCGGUGCUCACGUGGUCGUAGCCACCCUCGUCGGCCACGCGGCGCCCAUCAAGUGCGUGGCUGUGGAGGCGGAUGCGGAGGAGGACCGGGGUGAUAGGCGACGGUACGUGGUGUACAGCGGGAGCUUGGACAAUUCGGUGAAGAUAUGGCGGGUGGGUUAGUGGGAGCGGCUGCCGGAGGCGGCACGGAGCACGCCACGGCACGCGCGGUCGGCGCCGUCUUUGCACGUGUGCGGCGGUGCGGGCGCCAUGACAAACUGAUCUCUCCGGUCCUCGGGCGUGCCUUCGCUAAGCACGUGUGGCAUAUGCAGCAAGGUGACGAUACCACUCUCUAUUAAGGUAAUGUUUCGGUUCCCCACGUUCUACUCCCAUGAACGUUCUCCUCCUAUCUAGCUAUCUCUGUGGGCCCCGCGUAAAAGCUGAAGUCACCGUGAGAGGCCCGCGAGG